UUCGCGGGAAAGUUUUUACCGUUGCGGAGGAAGCCGGGCAUGUCGAGCGGUUUUUAUACGAAUUCGCGGUUUUUAUUCAGGGGGACGAAUCCGCGGGGGACGAAUCUGAGGUUUUUGUCCAGUGGGACGAAUCCGCUGGUUUUGUUCAGGGGGACGAAUCUGAGGUCGGACGAAUCCGCGGUAUUUAGUCAAGUUAAUGAUAAUGUUAAAUUAAUUCGUGCUCCAAGUAUCAGAUUGCCUGAAAAUACAGAUAAUUCAUUAUAUAAAUAUAAAUUUGAUAAAUUACAACAAAAUGGGACAAUUUUUUGUUUUGAAGCUUUUGUUAAAAAUAAAGAAUUGUUGGGCGAUGCUAAAAAGGGAUUUUUUGAAGUUAAUCUUUUUCAUGAUUUUUAUGAAUUUAGUGAAAAAAUUGGUGACACUGUCCUCAAACUUGAAUUUUUAUUCGACACUGAGAUUUACAAUAAAAGUAUAGAUAGUUCCAAUAAUCAAAAACUCGUUAUGAAUAGCUACAUUCACAAACGAACAGAAACAUUUGGCGAUAUUAUCAAUGAAGAUUGGGGAUGGCAAGGAGAAAUAACAUAUCCAAAUCCAUUAGGACAAACUGGAGUUAAUUUUUCGUUACGGAUUGAUAUAGUUGACAAAACUUUUAAUAUAAUUAUUAACGAAGCUAUUGACCAUAUUAGUUAUGAAACGCCACUACCGAUUUGGGCUACUGAAUGGAUUAUGGUAAUUUUGCAAUUAAAAUCGUAA